AUGGUGGAGCAGGGAGACGCGGCGCCGCUGCUGCGCUGGGCCCAGGGCCCCGCCGUGUCCCCACCGCGGGCCCCGGAGCUUCAGGCCCGAGGCCGGGGCCGGGGUUGGGCCGGGGACGCGCGGGCGCCCGAGGAGCCUGGGCCCCCCGAGGUGCUGCUGCAGCCCGGGCGCCUGGAGCUGGGCGACGUGGAGGAGGACCAGGUGGUGGCCGUGUUCGUGGUCACCUUCGAUCCCCGCUCGGGAAACAUGGUGGAAUGGUGCUUACCUCAAGACAUCGACCUUGAAGGGGUUGAGUUCAAAUCUAUGGCUAGUGGGUCUCAUAAGAUCCAGUCUGAUUUCAUCUAUUUCCGAAAGGGUCCCUUCUUUGGCCUGGCCUGCUUCGCCAACAUGCCAGUGGAGAGCGAGCUGGAGCGAGGCGCCCGCAUGAAGUCGGUGGGCAUCCUCUCUCCCUCCUACACCCUGCUCUACCGGUACAUGCACUUCCUGGAGAACCAAGUUCGGCAUCAGCUGGAGACGCCGGGACAUUACUCUCAUCUGGCUGCAUUCUACGAGGACAAGAAAGGGGGGCUCCACGCUGGUCCGGGGAGAGGUGGCCACCUGCCGCCCGUCUACUGGCUUCCCUCCAUCCACCGGUACAUGUACCCCGAGAUGAAGAUCACACACCCCGCCGGCUGCAUGUCUCAGUUCAUCAAGUUCUUUGGCGAGCAGAUCCUCACCCUCUGGAAGUUCGCUUUGCUGCGAAAACGCAUUUUGAUAUUCUCCCCCCCGCCCGUGGGCGUCGUGUGCUAUAGAGUGUACUGCUGCUGCUGUCUGGCCAACGUCUCGCUGCCAGGCAUCGGGGGCACUAUCCCUGAAUCCAAGCCUUUCUUCUACGUGAACGUGGCCGACAUCGACAGCCUGGAGGUGGAGAUGUCGUACGUGGCCUGCACCACUGAGAAGAUCUUUGAGGAGAAGCAUGAGCUGUACGACGUCUACGUGGACAACCAGAACGUGAAGACGCACCACGACCACCUGCAGCCCCUGCUGAAGAUCAACAACGCCGACAGGGAGAAGUACCGGCGGCUCACCGAGCAGAGGCAGAUGCUGCUGUACUCCCAGGAAGUGGAGGGGGACUACAGCCCAUGUGAAGAGGACCUCUUUGUGCUGUUCUUCCUAGAGCAGAACAACCGGAUAUUCCAGACAUUGCUGGAGGUGGCUGCGAGUCAAGACAAGACGCUGACAGCAGAGCACGCCCGGGGCAUGGGCCUCGACCCCCAGGGGGACCGCAGCUUCCUCCUGGACCUGCUGGAGGCCUAUGGCAUUGACGUCAUGCUGGUCAUUGACAACCCAUGCUGCCCGUAGGAGGAGGGAGCCAAGGACCAGGAGCUGCUCUCACCUGGGGAGAGCAGCCUGGAGUUCAGCCCAGCCCCAGUGGCCUCAUUUUUUAUUAACUUGAUACAAAGGAAUAUUGUUGAUACUUUCCAAAAAGUCUAAUUUUUGCAAUUUCCUUUCUUCCCUAGCGGUAAGAUGAGAUCACCUUGGCUUUGUGUCCAGUUUGGGGGGAUGUUAGAAUCUACCACUUUCACCCAAGAGCCAAUGAUUUCUGGGCCUGGUUUGGUUUUAGGUACAAGAAUAGACUCCCAUCACUUGGUGAGUGACGUGGGAGCUGAGUGAAGGCCAUGCAUCACUAGGGGAGGGUCUGGGUCUGGAAACAUUAGGAUGGAUGGUUCAGAAAGUCUGCGUAGUCUCUAUCCCUCCAUGUGCUCAAUGGUAAGACAGCAUGGCCUUAGAAGUGCCUCUGCCUAAAGGCCAAGGUAGACCAGAUAACUACCUAAGGUUCUAUGAAUCUAUACCCUUGGGGUUAUGCUGCCUCCCUGCAUACUGGGCCAAAUCUGAGUCUUCUAUGUCUACUAGCACCGGGACCUCCAAGAGGGACCAAAUGGUGUUUGCGAUGGGGUAACAGCUGAAAAUAAAAUAGAAGAAGCCCUGAAACCCUUCCUAAGUCAGUCAGUGGUGGCCAUCCAAUGUGACACUCCUUGUUUCUCUGACUUCCCACCUUUUGGGAGACUCCCGGAAGCCAGUGCUGGCCAGGGAGCUUGCAAGCAAAUCCAUCUCACCAUCAGCCCCCUUUAAGGACUACACAUCUGCAUGGAGUCAUCUGGGCAAUCGUAAAGGGUUCAUUUACACCGAAGGACAGAGUGGAGGUGGUUCAAGCAGGAUGGAGGUGAUGCUUAUUCACCUGGAUGAGAGCUCUCCAGUGGCCUUGCUAGUGCAGUUUCUGGACCAAACAGAUUCCCUGGACUAAGUUCAGAAAGUACUGCAGCUGGUUAACUCAGGUUGGGGUAUCGUGCUAACCAGGCUGUUAACCAGUUUGGAUCCUCCACAAACUUCUCUUCGGCAGAGGCAACUUUGUUGAGCUAAGUAAUUGGGGCCAGAGACCUAGCAGAUUGGCUACAGAAAAAAUAUAACAGUGCCUUCUCCCAGCAGAGUGGACAGGGAGCCCCGGCGUGUAAGGAAUGAACGCAUCUGUUCCCCUAGGCGUUCUGCUCAGGGCCAGCCCGGCUGCUUCCUGCCUGGUCUCUGGCUGGGUGUGUGACGGACACCGUCCCCAGUGAGACAGCAACCAUCCAUUAGCAAGAAAGCCUCCCCUGGGACUGCAGACUUCAGGUCUUUUGGCUGUACUCUGGGAUCUUGACCCGGGAUUUUGGGUUGUUUGCUGUUGACAAAGGACUUCUCCACACUUCUUGCUGGCUCUGUGUGGGAAUAGCCAUCCACGUGUCCACGUGAGGGACCAGGCCCCCGCCAGCCUCAUGGGCAUAGCACAGCAAUUGCUUUCACCUGGACAGCACACAGGUCUUGUCACAAGACUAGGCUUUUAGGGCUUAUUGCUUUUUUCAAGUUAUUUUCACUGUUGCUCCUUGAUAGGAAGCUAACGACUUGAGAGAGUUGGGCGUGAGGAUAGAUAGAUGUCGGUUUGCCAAGGUAGAAUCUUGUCUGUAAAUAUAUAAAUAGGUAUGGGCAUUAAAUGUAAGCUCUACAACUAACCCAGUUUUCUUCUCUGCAGCGUGGGCUUCGCCACCAUUUCAGUGACGUCUAUGUUUACAAAAGAAAAAAACCUGUGUUAGAAGCUGAGGCUUCUCCUUUUCUUCCUCUGAGAGUGGCCUUCUCUUCUUGUCUCUCAAGUGGGAAGGGGCCUUUCUAACUUGGGUCAAGUGACGGCUAUUUUUAGGGGUACCCUAAGGCUCAAGGUUUUCUGAGUUGGGGAGGCAGGGUUACGAGUCGGGGCAUGGCAGAGAGGAAAGGAUUGGUUCUCUUGGGGCACAUGGCAGACCCCCCCUUCUCUGGAACUUUCUGGAAGGAUACUCUGUAAGCACGCCUGCCCCAGAGCCCUUGUGCACAUCAACACUCCUGUCUCCAGGCGCCGAUGCAAAGGUAGCAGGGUGAUAUCGAGGCUCCUGUGUUCCCACUGAAUCGUCAGUCAGGGUCCGCGUUCCCUUUAACCACGUUCUGCUCUCGGCAGCUGUCUGCUCUUGGCCUCUCCUUAGGUCUCCCUCAAGCUAGCACAGAGGGCCGCAGGAGAACUGACCAGUGAGGCAGUGGCACAUCCCAGUUCAUGUGGGGCCGGGGCCAAGCUGGCCCUCCCUCCUGCAUCCCCUUGAAGAGGAAACCCGCAGAUCUGGCCUCCCCCCACCCUACUUCCAGCUUCCCUGCGGGGCACACCCUUCGCACAGCCCUCUGCCCCGACAGCAGCAUGUUAGCUCCUUAGUCCCCUUGCCAUGGUCUUUAGCCCUCUCUCUGCCUUCUGAUGUCCGAGGUUUGCCAGCAUCAUGCCUGUUUCCUGUGUAGGAGAUGGUGGAGGACAGCAGUGGCCAAGGGCAGCUGGAGAUGUGAGCUCGGAGAGCGAUCUGCUCGUGUUCAGAAGGUCGUGACUCCCAUUCACUGUCUCCUUGUCCUGUCUACAAACCCUGCAGGGGCAGGACCAGGACCCCUGGCCUUCUGGAGCAGGCUGGAAACCCAGGGCUCAGAAGCCGAGGAGCCAUCUGCACCCCUACACAACUGCAGCUCCCCUGCCUAGGCUUAGUCCU